AUAUGCACUUGUAGGAAAGAAAGGCUUACCCAUAGCUCCAAUUUAGCUAUGCAUGUGUAGUUACAAUUUGUCUUGUAGUUCAGCUUCAGCGUGGCAGGAAAUAUACAAGGAGCAGCACUAUGUGUUGUCAGGUGCAGUUCUUGCUUGCCCCACAGUUUAGGGGACAGAAGAGCGUGGGAAAUAAACUGUACCUGCACACAUAGCUUGGGAUCAUAGUUGCCCAAUAACAGCAUUUGCCCUAACUGCAGCUCUUCUGCAGAUGCAGGGUAUAAGUAAAAAAUCUAGACUUGGUUUCUGUUACCAUGUUUGACAUCCCAUCCUGAUAAGUCAACUCGUUAUGAAAGUGAUGUACCUAGGGUCCCCUAAUGAAAAGUAACUUAACUUGUUUGUUGAAGACAUGCUAGUCUACCAGUUCUAGAAGAUGUACUUUUUGGCUGCCUUUCUGAUGAAGCCUGAAGCUGGCAUGGGAAGGAAGAUGCACAGUACAGCAUCAUGUUGGCUGCACCCAAGGGCAGCAGAAGCAGAGUGCUUUAUCUGAUGACUGACAGUACGAAGAAGACAAGACUGGAUGUAUGUAGCUCUCAUGGUAGUAAAUAAAUUGUUUAUUAUCUUUUUGUCUUCUGAAAGUUUUAAGCUAAACUGGUUUGGUUUUUGAUUUUUUUGUGGUUUUACUUUGAUCGAUAGAAGGGCCAAAUAGUGAGAUAGUCUAAAGUGUCAAGGUAAUCCUGUAAAAUGUAGGAGGUUUGAAGUUAGAUGUCCUAUUUCCUUGCACCUGUGCAAUUGGACAACUAUAUACUGCUAUAUCUAAAUCCAAAUAUAUAUAUAUAUAUGAUUAUACAGACUGAUUGCUUCAUACAGUGUUUCUAAGUUUAAGCAAAAUUUUAAAUUGUCUUGUUACUGAUGACUGUCUUAAAAUUUUGUCUUGUCUACCUCCAUAAAUGUUUUAUUAGAAACCUUUUAUAUGGUGUAAUACUUCUUAACACAAUAGGAAUUUCCCUGAAUUACAGAUGUAAUGAAUAUUAAAUUUGAGGGUGUUAAGCUAACUAAUAUGUGUCCUCACCUCUAGUCUGGAGACAAAUGCUUUGCAAAUUUUUUCUAAGUAAUUGCUGAUUUUCUGUGUUUAAAAUGGAAGCUAUGAAAAUUAUUUUGCUUAUGCUGUGAUGGUAACUAACUAAAUUCUAGCUGAUUGUUGUAUUUAGACAUUAAAGGAUGAAAUGCCAAUAAAUGAGAAUACUGCUUUAUUAAGCUGUAACAAAAUACCUGCAGGAAUUAAAGUACAUUCUUGAUUACUUUGUUCAGGUAAUCUUGUUGUGCUCAAUACAGUUGGAAAAUUUCUAACCCUUAAUGCCAAGUUUUGUUGCCAUCAUAGCUGUGGUGUGGGUGGAAAAGCCAAACCAGAAAUGAGCAGACCUAACUGUAAGCAACUUUGCAUGUUGUCAGUUGACUAUAAAUUGCAGCAGUCAUUGACUCAGCAGGACAAGCUACAUAAUUCAGGUAAGAGACUUGGGUGUUGCUGUAUCUGGCAGCAGAGCUUCACUGGGUGUCCAUGUUUUUGUUAAUCACUUCUUCCAGCUAUUCCGUAACAAUCCUUCCUUAGCUUUUUAAUGGAUUAAAUAAGGUGUGAGGGAAGUGGAAUGUUAACUUAUUUUUUUGUCUCAUUCAGGUAUUUCAUCAGUCUUAAAAUAGCACAUCUUGUUUCCUUGGCCUUCCAUCUGGAGAUUGGUGAGUCUCUAAAAGGAAAAUGAUCUGGACACUUGCAUUUUGCACUUUGUGCAGGUAGUAAGGAACCAGGUAACUGUUUUAUGUGAUGCUCCUAUGCAGCAAAAGUGUCAGUACUAAGCAACAAACACUGCAAGUGUCUUGAGGGGUUGUGUUGGUUUUGGUUUCCUGCUCUGUAGUAGUUGUGCUAUGAAGUUUUUUUUGUGAUGUAAGACUUUUCCUCAAUGUUUUUAAGAUGUUAGCAGUAGAAAGUCUUUUAGACAAUAAUCCAACCUGUGUAACUAGACAAGGGAAAGAUGGCUAUAUACUAAUUUUACAUUGAGCGUAUAUAUUCACCUCUGAUUUUCUGCAUAUAUAUUAAUGUAAAAUUGAUGUGUUCAUGCUUUCAGCCAACCUACAGAAUUACCUGUUUAAAAUGUGUGACUUUCUCAUCUAACAGCAUGCUAUAAAUUAAGUCUUAACUAAUAGGUUUUUUGUUCUGUGACCUAUUUGCAUUAGGGAAAGAGACAACACUGAAUACAGAGGCAUUUUGAUAGAAUGUGUUGUGAGGAUAGGUCCAUACAGGGUAAAAAUGUUGUAUUAAGCAUGGCAGGGAUGAAAUAAUUAGAAAACAUUAAAAUACACCCAUAGUUUUGUGAAGUAUUAAGAGGAUCUCAUUUAUUUUGUGAAACAGAGGUCCAAAUGUGUGAAGCUUUGAUAGGUUUUUGUGAGUAUGGAAUUUAGAUGUUUCUAGUAACUUACUGUAAUAUUCAGGUGUGUUUUCCUUUCUAGAGGGUAUAAUGUAACCUAAGUGAGUUGGACAGCAAUGUGCAGGUGUAGAAGUGGAUGGUGAGUAAGAGCAUUUUUGAUAGAUUCUGUGUACGCAAGUAUUCCUUGCAAUCAGUGGGGAUGGUUCACAGUAAUUCUUUAAAAAUGAAAUAUUUGGUUAGAAUUUAUUUUCAAGGAGCUAUUAGAUAACAGUCAUUACAGUUAUGCUGCUACUUAGCUAUUUCAAUACUGUUUUUGGGAAGGCACUAUAAUGUAACUUAUGGUUUGGGUUGGAAGGGACCUUAAAGACCAUCUAGUUCAAACACCCCUGUGUGGGCAGGGGCACCUCCCACUAGACCGGGUUGCUCCAAGCCCUUAUGACCUGGCCUUGAGCACUUCCAGGGAUGGGGCUUCCACAGCUUCCCUGGGCAACCUGUUCCAGUGUCUCACCACCCUCACACUAAAAAAUUUCCUCCUAAUGUCUAACCUAAAUCUUCCCUCUUCCAGUUUAGAUCCAUUACCUCUUGUCCUCUCACUACACGCUCUUGAAAAAGUCCCUCCCCAGCUUUCCUGUAGGCUACUUAUAAAACACUGCAAGGUUGUCUUUCUAAUGUAUAAGGGUGAUUUGAUUAGCUGGGCCUGCUGUAGUGCUGCUCUGAAGAGAGAGGAUAUGGUUCUAGUUGGCCAAUCUGAGUUAAUAGGUUUCUAGCAGUGCUGCAACCACUAUGUACAGUCCCUUCUUAGUAAAAUAACUUACAGUUGGAACAAUUUUAUCAGGAUGUGCAUUUUUUUUCAUUGAUACGUUAAUUAUUUCAUAAUUCAUGGCAGUGGGACUGUAUUAACUAUUUUGUGUCUGUGUUAAACAUGUAGGUGAGUGCAGAAGCAGCACGAGGACCCAAGGAGAUGUCAGGCUUCACAGAAAUGCAUCCUACAAACUUCUUGUAAAACUUUGUUUGUAGAAUGGAUUUGAAGCUUCACAGAUGUAAAAUUUAGGUUGAGAUCCAUUCUCUGCACAGGUUUUCUGUCUAAUUAAGAUAAUAUGGUGAAAGAGACAUCAAAUGAAUAGAAAAAGUAACUUGUCUUUGAAGGCUUUUUUUGUACACAUAAGGAGUCUGUUAUGGAAUUGUAGAUUUAAUUUUUUUCAGGGAGGAGAAGGGGGUGGAGAGAAUGGCUCGGAUGUUGGCCUGCUCUGUUUAUUGUCUGUAGAGGUGUAAGUUUUGGAGGAUUCAAAACAAGCUAUACCCAUGUGGGUAUAUAAAGGUAGAUCUUAAUUUCUAAAGCUGAAGUGAAAGGUGACUACUGUUUCCUUUAGGAAGCUUAGUGGCUUUAUUUUCUUAAGAUCUGUUGUGAACGUUUUUAACCAGUUGCUGACUUGCACCUUCUUGCAUCUUCUAAUGGGACAUUGUCUGCUCUAUGUAAUGAUCUUCCAACACCAUUCUGAAAAAUCACAUUAGAAGUCUCUCCUGGAAAAUGCCAGUAAUGCCAAGCAUUGGUAAGUCCAGGUGCAUUUUUUCUACAGUUCAGUAUGAGUUGCUUAAACAUUUUUUUAAUUAUGCAUUUCCAGGUUAAAUGCAGAACCUGAUGGAUGUCAAAAACUACUGUAACCUCAUGGACAAGUUGUCCAUCUGUACUGAGACUCAGUGCAUACAGCUGGCUAGGCCUUCAUGUGCCAACCCAAAAGUUGCAUUCCAUGUGUACCCAGAAACACCAAACCAGGUCUCUUACUCUGAAGAUCUGUCAUUCCUUCCUUUCAUGUCUGAGCAUCUGAUAGUGGAGAACUUCUACAGGGAGCCCUGCACCUUUCCCUACCAGAUGCCCCAUUCCAGUUACCGCAGAAGUGAGUACUCCUACGGGCCAGCUUUCAUCAGGAAGAGGAAUGAGAGGGAAAGGCACAGGGUUAAAUGUGUCAAUGAAGGCUAUGCUAAACUGAGGCAUCACCUACCUAAGGAAUACUUGGAGAAACGGCUCAGCAAAGUAGAGACACUUCGUGCUGCAAUAAAAUACAUCAGCUACCUACAGUCUGUUCUGCAUAGUGAUUCUGUGGUGGCAGAAGAAAAUGUCAUGGAGACAAGCCAAGCACCUAAAGCAAUUAACAAACAAAAUCAGUUUAUGAAAACGAUCUAAACCAUUCCAAAUGAAGCAGAAGGUAUCCUGUUUGGGAAUUUAGUAUCCACUAUAUUGAUGAUACUCCUGGCACAUCUUAGGAGCUGAUCAUAGCAUGCAUGUCAGUGUCGGCCCACAGAAAAUAAUUUUAAUUUUGCAGAUAGUAACUACACUUAGGUACAGAGAGACAAUUGGGAAACCAUAUCUGAAUGGCCCAAGACAGUUAUUUCAUGGAAAUUGGGAAAUAUUUCUGAAAUUGUCACCAAACCAAAAAAGUAAUACCUAUACAUGUGAAGUAACUGUAUGUAUUGUCACAGCCUGCCUGCUUUAAAAUAAAAUCUUUUUACU